AAGUGUGCAGGAAACAACUUCCAAAUUGCGAUGAGCCACCCGUCGGUGUCGCGCGCCAUUCAUCACAUCUCAACGCUAAUAAUGGAAGUUAAGGGCGGCGAAAUAAGGGUCCCCAAAACUUCAAAUGAGGUCUUGGAAGUUAAAAAGGGCUUUUAUACGGCAUUUAAGAUUAAGGGAACGAUAGGUGCUGUUGACUGCACGCACAUAGGCAUAGUCGCUCCAUCAUCAACAGACCCAAGUAACCCUCUAUGCAUGAACAUGAACCGGAAAG